UGCACCCCCCUGGAGCCUCCUCACGGAGCCGCCGAGCUGGAGGAGAUGGGGACCGAGCUGCUGCCCCGACGGACGCCCGCUCCCGCCUGGCUCCCCGCUGCCAAAGGUGAGGAAGGUGACUUCUGCCUACGCUCAUCAGACUGCGCAGCCGGGCUCUGCUGCGCCCGUCAUUUCUGGUCCAAAAUCUGCAAACCGGUGCUGCGGGAAGGGCAGGUGUGUACCCGGCACCGGCGGAAAGGCACCCACGGCCUGGAGAUCUUCCAGCGGUGCCAGUGUGCCGAGGGGCUGGCAUGCCGCCUCCAGCGAGAGCAUGGUCCCACCGACGCCUCCCGCCUGCACACCUGCCAGCGGCACUGA